AGUGAAAUCUGUUAGAAUCUUUUUAUAUAUUAGUAGCUUUCAUCUCAUCUGUAACUUGUGACUUUCAACUCAAUAAGAAUUCUCCCUUUUCUUCUUAUUUCUCUCCACCUCCAUGAUCAUGGAGCAGUAAGAAUAGUGUUAGUUUACACGGUAUCAAAGCAUAAAUUGUGUGAAUCUAGGGAUUCGCUUCGCUUAUUCCAUUGCUGAGAAGAGUAGGAUCAAGAGGAGCGAGAGAUUCAUCAUUUUCAUUUUGUCAGUUGUUGCUACAUGUUUGAAAGAAGUUCAGAUCCAUGGGAAGUACUAUGGAUUACAAUCACCAGCUGUAUUUACAUCCUUCUGAUGCACCAGGCUUACUUUCGAUUGAGAUUGAACAAAAAGGAAUGAAGAACUACAUGUUAUGGAGUCGCACGAUGAAAUUGGCACUCCUGGCAAGGAAUAAACAUGGAUUCAUUGAUGGAUCAGUAAAGAAAACCAACUAUGAAGGGGAUUUACAUAAAAGAUGGGACAGAUGUAAUGCUAUUGUGGGUUCGUGGUUGAUGAGCAGUGUACAAUCAGAUCUUCUCAAUGGAAUUCUUUUCAGAUCUAAUGCUUAUCUUGUUUGGAAUGACCUUAAAGAAAGGUUUGACAAGAAUCUCUUAUCUGGGAGGGUGAGGGAGAUUGGUAACGAACAAGAUGGAUUAUAUGUAAUGUACUCCCAAAAGGGGAAAGGAGGCACCACACAAAAGAAGUCGUUGGCAGUCCACCCAGAUGUUGAUGCAGUAUUAUGGCAUAGAGGAAUGGGACGUGCUCUUUUGACCAUUUUAAGAAGAUUUAUAUUUUUUUAGAAUAAUCCAUGCUUCACUAUAGACAAUUGUGAUGUAUGUCCUCUAGCUAGACAAACUAGAGUUCCCUUUCCAGUUAGUUUAACUAAAAGUAGUAGCAUGUUUCAGUUGUUGCAUAUGGAUGUAUGGGGUUCUUACAAAACUGUCACAUGUGAUGGUAUGCAGUACUUCCUUAUUAUAGUAGAUAACUAUUCUAGAUGGACAUGGUUGUUUCUACUGAGAGUUAAAUCUGAUGUUGUUUUUCUAUGCAAAAACUUUAUUCCAAUGGUUCACACUCAAUUCAAUAAGAAGGUUCAAGUGUUUAGAUCUGACAA